UUGGUUUAUGUCGACGUUAGCCUCUUACGUCAUCUCUAUGCGACAAUUGGUGUCGGAGUGACAGGAAGGCUAAAAUAUGGCGCCAUCCCCAACGAAGAGGAAGGAGGACGACAAGAGUAAGCCGCGAGGCAAGGACAAGUCAGGGGCCCCGAAGGAAGGAGCCGACAAGGACCGCGGCCGAGACAAGAACCGCACGAGGCGCAAUGCUUCCAGCGGGAGCAGCAGCUCCAGCAGCAGCUCGAGCUCGAGCUCCUCCAGUGGCUCCAGUUCCUCUGCCUCCAGCCACUCGGGCUCAUCCAGCUCCCGCUCCUCUUCCUCCUCCUCGUCAUCCUCACCGAGCCCCAGCCGCCAGCGCCACAACAACAGACGGCGCUCCCGCUCAAAGUCCAAGUCCGCUAAGAAGGAUGAAAGGGAGCGACGGCGUCGGAGCCCCACACCCAAACCCACCAAGGUCUACCUGGGCCGGCUGACCAGAAAUGUUAUCAAGGAACACAUCCAGGAGAUUUUCUCCACUUACGGCAAGAUCAAGAUGAUUGACAUGCCAGUGAACCGCAUCUACCCUCACCUGUCCAAAGGCUACGCCUACGUGGAGUUUGAGACCCACGGGGAGGCGGAGAAGGCCCUGAAACACAUGGACGGAGGUCAGAUCGACGGUCAGGAGAUCACGGUCACAGCUGUGCUGACUCCCACAGUGCGCCCUCCCCCACGCAGGAUGUCGCCUCCCCGCAGGAUGCCCCCUCCGCCACCAAUGUGGCGACGCACGCCACCUCGUAUGAGGAGGAGAUCUCGGUCUCCGCGGCGACGCUCUCCGGUCCGUCGCAGGUCCCGUUCGCCCGGCCGCCGCCGGCACCGCUCUCGCUCCAGUUCCAACUCCUCCCGCUAGUGAAAAGGAACCUCCCCCCCCCCCCCCCCCCCCCCCCCCCCCC